CUCUCGCGGUGUCAUGGUAUCCUAAGGAUAUAGGGAUGAGUUUACCAGGGUAUCAUGACGUGCACAAUGGUAUGGAGAAUGCGAAGUAUUUUAUCAACGACUGGACAGUGGAAGUGGACGGUGGUGAUGAAAUCGCUCAGCUGGUGGCGCUGGAAUUGGGCUACGAGUACGGAGGAAAGAUUCAGGGGUUCCCAAAUAUGUACGCUUUCCGUGCAUACGAGCGUAAACAACGUCGCACCCCUAAUCAACACACAGCUACACUUCAUCAGGACCGAAGGAUUCGAUGGGCCGAACAGCUUUUCACUAAAAGUCGGGUGAAGCGGUACCCAUUUCCGGAUCCUGACAAAAAGUUACAUCGGGUAAAAAGAAUAGACAACAGCACCAGGCAAGCAGAAGACAUAAAGGGUGUACGUGAUCACCAAAUACAAAACGGACUCUUCGACGAUGAGCUGUGGGAAUAUGAAUGGUAUUUGCAAGACACACGUACGGAUCUAUACUUGCCUCGUCUGGAUCUCAACGUGCUGCCAGUUUACGCGCUAGGCUACAAUGGCCGCGGUGUGCGAGUGUCAAUAUUGGACGACGGCGUCGAGCACAAUCACACCGACCUACGUGAGAACUACGACGCUGAGAUAAGUUGGGACUGUAACGACGCGGAUUCCGACCCAUAUCCAAGAUACGACAAGGAAAAUAGCAAUUCACAUGGCACCCGAUGCGCUGGAGAGAUAGCAAUGACGGCCAACAACAGAAAAUGUGGUGUGGGCGUGGCUUGGGGCGCCAAAGUGGGAGGAGUUCGGAUGCUCGACGGCCGUAUCACUGAUCGAAUAGAAGGUGAAGCAAUAGGAUACGCGUGGGAUAAAGUCGACAUCUAUAGCGCCUCGUGGGGUCCAAAUGACGACGGUAAAACUGUAGAAGGGCCUGGGCGACUUGCAAUAGAGGCUUUUCAACGUGGUGUGGAAAAGGGUCGUGGUGGUAAAGGCACAAUAUAUGUUUGGGCCAAUGGUAACGGCGGAAGUCACGAUGAUAACUGCAACUGUGAUGGUUACUCGUCGAGCAUCUACACAAUAUCAAUUGGCAGUGCUUCUCAGCAAGGCCUGUUUCCCUGGUACGGAGAAAUCUGUCCAUCCACUCUCGCAACUGCAUACUCCUCUGGUGCUUAUAAAGAUCAGAAAAUAGCUACAACGGAUACCAACGACUCCUGCACCCUGGGGCAUACGGGCACUUCUGCCGCGGCGCCCUUGGCUGCUGGUAUCAUCGCACUGGCUCUCCAAGCUAACCAUAAUUUAACGUGGAGGGACGUACAACAUCUGAUUGUUUGGACGUCCGAGUAUGCACCGCUAGCAGAAAAUCCCGGAUGGCAAAAAAACGGCGCUGGAUUACGAUUUGAUAUUCGCUUCGGUUUUGGUUUACUAAAUGCCGGCGCUCUCGUCACUGCAGCUCUUAACUGGACAACGGUCCCCGACAGACAAACGUGCCGUAUCGAUGCUCCGUCAGCAAAGAAAAGAGAAUCCAUGUCAUCGGCGGAAACAGUUGAUAUCGCUAUUGACGUAUUCGAUUGUCCAGUAAACUACAUUGAACACGUGGAGCUAGUAACAAACAUAAAAUAUACGCGUCGUGGUGCUUUGGAAAUAUACCUCGUGUCGUCACAAGGGACAAAAGUUCAAAUUCUGAGUGCUCGUUCACGGGAUAACUCCGCGGCAGGUCUAGUUAACUGGCCGUUGACCUCUGUAGCUACUUGGGGUGAAGACCCUUUUGGGUUGUGGCACGUUAUCUUUCAGGACACGACGUAUGAAUCGAACACGGGCGAAAUUGGGCCAAUCACUCUAGUCAUCCAUGGCACAGUAGAAAUGCCUGCUCAUAUGAAAAACGGUCCUAGACAAUACAACAACAAAUACAACAGUUAUCAACAACAAAUACAGUUUGACUACCUUGACAGUGGUGGGCCAUACAAUGAAAACGCUGCCCCGUUUAUACCAGAGCAACAUAUCACAGAGGAGGUUGCAUUCAAUCGUAUGGACACGGUGUUGGAUAAAAUGGAAAAAGAACUACUGCGAAAUCAUCACAGUAAAUAUUAUGCGCCGAGUGUUGAAGGUUAGACCACGUGUAGGCAUGUUUGUUGGUAAUUUAUUUGAAGGUUAAAUUAUUACUAGAGUUAAUUGAUUAUUACGUAUUUAUAAACACGAGUCAAACGUCCUGAGCAUUUCUGCGGUCUUGGUGAUUUUAUAUUUUUUUAUAUAAUAUUUAUAUAUAGCAUACUGUUUUUACUGCUUAUGUACACACCACAUUACGCAUACAACCUAAUAUGUCUCUUUCUAACCAAAACAUUUGCAAUAUAAUACUAUCUAGUUAUUGCAUCGUCUUUAUGUUAUGUUUUAGGUA